UAUUUUAUUCUUUAUUUCUUCUUUUUUAUAUAACGCAUAUCCACGGCUUCCAUAUUUUACGAGGAUUCUGUUACAGGCAAUGACAAAACAUCCUUCCUAUUCGAAUAAGCUUCUCGUGUAUAUAACUCUGCGACCUCAUUUCCUGCUAGUUCAUUGAUUCCUCUGUUCUCGUUUCAUAUUCAUCAAAUGGAAAAUCUCCGGGUCCUUGUUGUCCCUCUUCUGUUCUUUGGUCUCCUUCUCCAUGGAGGAACUGUCACAGCUUUUGGAAACCGAGAUGGAUCAGAGGAAUGGGGAUAUGUUCAAGUCAGACCCAAAGCCCACAUGUUCUGGUGGCUUUACAGAAGUCCCUACAGAGUUCAACAUCCCUCCAAGCCAUGGCCUAUCAUUCUUUGGUUGCAGGGAGGACCUGGUGCUUCAGGAGUUGGGAUUGGAAACUUUGAGGAGGUUGGGCCUUUAGAUACCAAUUUGAAGCCGAGGAACUCUACAUGGCUUCGAAAAGCAGAUCUCCUAUUUGUGGACAACCCAGUUGGGACAGGGUUCAGCUUUGUGGAAGAUAAGGGCCUCUUUGUGAAAACAGACGAAGAAGCAGCCACUGACUUGACGACAUUGUUGAUUGAGAUAUUUAAUCGAAAUGCUAGCCUCCAAAAGAGUCCUCUCUUCCUCGUAGCAGAGUCAUAUGGUGGAAAAUAUGCUGUCACUCUUGGCUUAUCUGUUCUAAAAGCUAUUGAAGCUGGAAAAUUGAAGCUCAAAUUUGGAGGUGUGGCAUUAGGGGACAGUUGGAUCUCCCCUGAAGAUUUUGUGUUCGCAUGGGGCCCUCUUCUUAAAGACGUCUCAAGACUUGAUGACAAUGGGCUGCAAAAAUCAAACCGUUUAGCUCAGAAGAUCAAGAAACAUAUUGAGAAGGGCCAAUUUGUUAACGCAACCAGCUCAUGGGGCGAACUUGAGAAUGUCAUUAUGAAAAACAGCAACAAUGUGGACUUCUACAAUUUUUUGCAGGAUUCUGGAAGCAAUUCUCCAACUUUGUCUGCAACGGCAGGGCUGGGGUCAUACAGAGAAACAGCACUGAAACGAUACUCCAAUUAUCUAACUUCAAAGAGGUCAUCUUCCAAUAGUGGUGACCUAAGAAGCUUGUUAAAUGGUGUCAUCAGGAAAAAGUUAAAGAUUAUCCCUGAAAAUGUUACAUGGGGAGGACAGGGCAGUGAGGUUUUCGCAAAUCUUCAAGGCGAUUUCAUGAAACCAAGAAUUAAUGAGGUUGAUGCGUUGCUAGCUAAGGGAGUCAAAGUGACUGUGUACAACGGACAAGUUGAUCUGAUCUGUGCAACCAAGGGAACUGAAGCUUGGCUUAAGAAACUCAAGUGGAAAGGGCUUAAAAGCUUCCUGAAGAAGGACAGAAAACCUCUCUACUGUAAAAAUGAGCGAGGCACGAAAGGCUUUUUGAAGUCACACAAAAACCUGCACUUUUAUUGGAUUCUCGGAGCUGGUCAUUUUGUACCAACUGAUCAGCCUUGUGUAGCAUUAAACAUGGUGGGUGCGAUUACACAGUCACCAGCCGCUUCUUAACUUGCAAGACACAGCAAAAUAAGAAACAAUAAGCGUACAAGAAACUGAAUUCCUUCAUCAGUACUAUUCAACAGAAGCGAGACCCCACAAGCAAACUACGUCGACAACAGUACCAUACAACUGCAAAACUAGUCAUGAAAAACAGAGCUACCGCUUACACAGAUGAUAUUUAUUGUUUACAUUACAGUCUCAUUUUUUAGAGCAUACAUAGUUCUCUACUUUUUUUUUUCCUCUCCCUUUUAAUUGAGCAGACCUGUACCGUGCUGGUCACCCAUUUGCCACAGUUGAAUUCGGUUCUGUGAAUAGAUUGAUGGUGGAUUGGGUUUCUCUCUCA